GAAGUCGUUGCUUCCUUUCUCUUUGAAAGAGAAACUAAAUUUAGCCUGCUGCCUCUGACUUAUUGUCACUGAUCGUGUUGAAUUGUCUCAUUUCCGUCGCAACAUCAGUCAACGCCAUUUUUCACAUCCUUCUGAGGAGAACGAGUUCUUAGUUAAACAUAUCAAAUUUACUGUAGUUAAAUCCGGUUGGCAACAGUCUCCAAAACGAGCACACCCACCGGGCGGCAGCAGGCUUCCUGAGCCACGACGACAUCGCAGAGUGACAGUUGAUUUGACCAACAGGACGCCCCGCAGCAGCAGCGACCUCUCCGUCUGCACAACGGGCGGGAUAUCCGCAGUAGUAAGCUAGCUAAUAACAUGGCGAAGACUUACGAUUACUUGUUUAAACUACUUUUAAUCGGUGAUUCGGGAGUCGGGAAAACCUGUGUGCUUUUCAGAUUUUCAGAAGAUGCCUUCAACUCAACGUUUAUCUCAACUAUAGGUAUUGACUUCAAAAUCAGAACAAUAGAAUUAGAUGGAAAGAAGAUCAAACUACAGAUAUGGGACACAGCGGGACAAGAGAGGUUCAGGACCAUCACAACAGCCUACUACAGAGGAGCCAUGGGCAUCAUGUUAGUGUAUGACAUUACCAACGAGAAGUCCUUUGACAACAUCAAGAACUGGAUAAGGAAUAUAGAAGAGCAUGCCUCUUCAGACGUAGAGAGGAUGGUCCUGGGGAAUAAAUGUGAUGUCAAUGACAAGCGACAAGUGUCCAAAGACAGAGGAGAGAAACUGGCACUGGAGUACGGAAUCAAGUUCAUGGAAACGAGUGCAAAAGCGAACAUCAAUGUGGAGAAUGUGAGUCCCUUCCUUUUCUUUCUAUACUUUUAUUACUCAGAAAACCAGUGAGAAUAGCCCACAUGU